GCCACGCCUCCAUACACAACGAAAGUCACUAUUGACGCUACUACAAGCAUUUAGGUUCAUGAAUAUAUAUAUCUAUAUAGUUAACAAAAACACACCUCGCUUUUUAUAAUAAUAACUAUAUCAACAACAGAGCGGGGUUUUGUUGUUGAGUUUUUUUUAUUGGGUGGAGGUACAACUACAGAUUUUGCCCGAAUUUCAGCUAAAACAGUGGAUAUUAUUAUUUUGUAGUUAAUAUUUUCUAUUUAUUCGUAAUAUUUUUUCAUUUAUUUUUAUAAUUGUUUGGGUUAUUUUUCUUUAUUUUGGAUCUCAAAUUUAACCUGGAUCUUACUUCGUUGCCAUUUUAAGGAUAUUUUUUCUUUUUUUAAACCAAAGAAGAAAAGCAGGAACGAAACAAAACAAAAAAGAAACUAAUAUAACUCCGCCGUGAAACUUAAGGAAUACACCUCAAGAUAUAUGUAUGUGUGUAUAUGUAUAUAUAUAUUGUAGAAAUGAUGGUUUUAAGUUGCUAACGAAGAUUAUUUAAAAAAACAAUCAAUGACAGAAGCAGAAGAGACUACUACUUGAAAAAGAAAUCUGUAUAAUUACAUAACAACAGAGGAAUAUAACAAAUCAAACGGAUAUUAAUUUAAACAAUUUCUACAUAAAUAAAAACAAUAUGGAAUUUAAAAUUUCUACACAAAGACUAAUUACUAUAUUAGUCGCAAUUACGUGUCUUGGUGAAUUAAAGUUCGCGCUAAGCACAAGUGAUAUUGAAUUCAAGUGUCCAGUCAAAUGGUUCAACAUUGGAUAUAUGUGUUACCAUAUCGUUGAAAAGCAAAUGCCAUGGGAUUUGGCUGAUGACUCAUGUAAAAGGCUCCAUUCCAAUUUGGUAAUGAUAGAUGAUUACUGGACAAAUAUGGACAUAUCAGAAGCAGUCAAGAAAAAAGGACAUGACGAAUAUUGGAUCGGAUUCAAUCGUUUAGGCGCCACCCACUCAAAUGAAACGGCGUAUUGGGGAAAGGAUUCUCUUAGCAAUACCCAGACUGGUUUCUGGAACAACUACCAACCCAAUGUGCAGGAAGGAAAAUGUAGUGCAGUUAGCCAACUCGGACAAAGCUACAAGUGGUCGUUUGCUAAAUGUGACCUAGCUAAGGUCUUCGUCUGUGAAAUGACAGCCUGUUCAAAAGAUACGUUUAGAUGCAACAAUGGACGGUGUAUAAGCAAACAAUUGCUCUGUGACGGAACUGACGACUGCGGGGACAGUACAGAUGAAGUCAGUUGUGACCAACAAUGUCAGUAUUAUAGCUCUGGAUUAAGCGGAUUAAUUAAAACUAAAAACUUCCCGAGUGAUUACGACAAUGGCGCUUUCUGUAUGUGGAGAAUAGAAGCAGAUGUUGGCAAUUACGUCAAGUUGACAUUUACCGAAUUUCUUACUGAAAAUUGUACAGAUGUUGUUGAAAUAUUCGCUGGAGGUGAUAGCGAAACAGAUUCCAUUUUGUUAGCUAAACUCUCAGGAAACAUACCUACAAAUACUGAAUAUUUAAGCUACAACAACAAAAUGCUUCUCAAAUUCACAAGUGACCUCAGUGACACAAUGAAAGGGUUUUCUGCAACUUGGACUGCUGUUUCCACUGCUCACUCACACUCUAUGUUAACGGCCACUGAAAAUGAACAAAUACUCAGCUUCAGUGAUAAUGCGAAUCUUCUACAUAACACAUGGACAUUAACAACAAAAGAUAGAAGAGAAAUAGUCACCCUAAUAAAACAAGACAUGGUACUUUCCGACAAAGACGAAGUUAUUGUGUAUGACGGAGAUAGUGUUGAAUCUCCUAUUAUUGGUCAAUACAAACUCACUGACUUUGGCACUGAUGGACCUGAUGCAAUCAUGUCGACUGGACAAAAAAUGCACAUCCUUUUAAAAACACGGGGAUUUGACUCAAAUGUCAACGUAAAGUUUUUAUACAAACAAGGUUGCAACGUUAUGAUUAAUAAUGCUUUAUCUGGUGAAAUCGUAUCUCCUGGCUAUUAUGCAAAUAUAAAGUACCCUAACUCACUUUCUUGUCAAUGGACCAUCUCUUCCGAAAUGUCAAGGGGUCUCAUCCUCAAAUUUAUACCUGACCUGUCAGACGAUGACACUUUACAUGUGAAAUAUAAUAACGGCAGUCAAACCGUGGAAGUAAAUGCUGUCAAUGUGCCAGUUAUAGAGGUACCUGAUGGAAAAGUAAACGUCUCCUUCACUACCAACAGCAUCAAGAAUAAAAAAGGAUUUAAAGCUAAAUAUUCAGUGGAUUGUCCUGCCUUGCAGCUGAACAGUUUCGCAGUUGCUCAGCCACCCUUAAGUAUAUGGCAUCAAGAUUCUCAAGUGAACAUUAGCUGUGCUAAUGACUACGGGUUCCGGGAUGAAAAAUUUGUGGGAAAUAAAUCUAUCUUGCUCGAGUGUCAGGAAGGUGGGAAAUGGAGUGCUGAAAAAAUCCCAAAAUGUUUGAAAAACUAUUGUGGACCAACGAAAUACAUUAAGAAUGGUUUUGUUUUCAACGCUACUGGUGCAAUGGUUGGAGAUACAGCGACGUAUUCUUGUUAUCCUGGUUAUGUUAUCAGUGGAGAUGGAACCAUUACGUGUACUUCUAAUGGAACCUGGGAGGCUUCACCGUUUUGCAUCUCAAGUGGUUGUAGCGAGCGGUCUAACAUCACCAAUGGUCAAGUCAUGAUUGAAAACGGCAAUGGAACCACAGUGGGAAGCGUACUGAGAUAUAGCUGUGAUCCUGGCUAUCAUAUUGAAGGAAAUCCACUUCAGUUGUGCUUGAAAUCAAGAUCUUGGACAGGCAAUGAACCAACUUGCAACAAAUUUAAUUGCACGAUUAUAGGCCUCUCUGAUAAAAUACCAGAAGCAAACAUUACACAGAUCGAAGAUGUACCAUACGAUGAGACAUUAAACAUUACUUGUAACGAAGGGUAUAAUUUAACAGGGCCUAAUACAAUUCGGUGUACUGAAAAUCAAACUUUUAGUUUAUCAUCGUGUACAGAUAUAAAUGAAUGUGAAAGACAGAAUAUGUGUGAGCAAAUCUGUAUAAACACACAAGGAAGCUAUAAAUGCCAAUGUGAGAAAGGCUACACUCUAAAAGCUGACAACAGCUCAUGUGAAGACAUUGAUGAAUGCCAGAAAAACAAUGGUAACUGCCAACACUCCUGCACAAAUGUGAACGGAAGCUACACUUGUAAUUGCAAUGAAGGUUAUGCUCUUUAUAAGGAAAACAAUACAAUGAGUUAUUCCAUACCGGCUGCUGAAGAUGGCACACAAUUUGGUGAUGUUUUUUACUUGAACCAUUCUUGUGUCCGGGUCUUGUGUUCGAAUCCCCUUCCACUUGUAAAUGGUUUCAUACAACCUCAAAGGAAGAUCAGUCGUUAUGGCGACAUCUUUCAUUAUUCGUGUAAGAUAGGUUAUCAACUUGUUGGAGAAAAGACUUCUGUGUGCCAGUAUAAUGGUACUUGGUCACAGACUCAACCAAGAUGUGAAGAAAUGAAAUGCCAGCUUGACCCGUUAAAUACGUUUGUGAACAAACCGACUCUAUUGACGAACGAGAGCAUUCCCUACCUCGGUUAUCUGAAUUUCUCUUGUACAAUUCUUGGUAAAGGCACUGAAUAUCGACAACGCCAAUGCUUAUAUGAUCCAGAUACAAAAACAACUAAGUUGCUUGGAGAUUCAUAUGAAUGUGGAUUUAUCGACUGCGGUCAACCAAUGAAUAUUGGUGGUUCCAACAUUACUACAAUAAGUGAUACCACUUAUGGGUCCCAGUUUGAAAUGGCGUGUAGCGAUAUGUACAGUCUGAAAGGAAACAGCAGCCAAGGUAACAACACUGUGUGGUGUGAAUCAGAUGGCAAGUGGGAUUAUGGUGACCUACGAUGUCAAGGAGUUAUGUGUGAGGAUCCAUUUUUCCCAGUAAAUGGAAAAGUCACAGUGAACACCUAUGCCAUAGGAGGGAAUGCGUCAUACAAAUGCAAUGAAGAUGGCUAUCAGCCAUUUCCAAACUCCAUUCGAACUUGUGUAGAAAAUAACAACAAAAACGGACUGAUAUGGUCAGGAGAAAUCCCAAAAUGUCUUGAUGUUAAAAAGCCAGUUUUGAUUCCUGGUACGUGUACUGACUCAGUAACUGUCAAACUGUACAGUUUGUUCAAUCUGACACAGCCCGAAUUCACAGAUAACUCUGGCAAAGUUCGCAUCACAGUUCAACCAGACUACAUUAGCGAAGAUUUUGUCAUCAACAAUAACAUCACAAUAGAAUACACAGCAACUGAUGAUGCUGGAAACAACGAGACAUGCUCAACUUCUGUUAUCGUCGAAGGUAAGAACAAGCCACUUCUUAUUACAUUUGUAGAUUGGAAGAAUCAAAUUGAUACCCACGAAAUAUAUUUCGAUUUUUUCUUUUCAGUCAUAAACGAGAGAGCGCAAUACAGGGGAGAUAUUGUCUUCACUUUUGAACCUGUGAAUAAAAAUGCUACCAUCACGCAGACGUGUAUUGAUCAAUACCGCGAAUCUACAUUACAGAAACUCAAAGACAGUACUCAAGACCUAUGUGCUUUGGUGGCAGGAAAACCAAAGCCUGAAAUUAUGGAAAAUACAUUUGUCGCAAAACUUGAAGGAUCACAGGUCGUGAUAUCUUCUACUUUGAGAAUAAGCAAUACUACAGACUUAGCCGAUGACAAGCAGCAAACGUGUCUCACCAACUUUAUAAAGUACGCUAACGACAAGGAUAUGGCAUAUAGUAUAGCGAUUAAUAUUUCUAACAGUGCUGCCUGUGGAGAUGCAAAACGGGAGGGAUCAAAUAUAACUCUAUAUACCUAUUGCCAUGACGGGAAAAUUCCGAUCGACCUGCGAGGAGGAAACACCCACUGCGUUAAAUGUCCUCUUGGUUCUUAUGGUACUAAAAUUAAUGGUGUCACUGAAUGUAAACCCUGUCCAAUUGGAGAGUAUAAGGAUACUGAUGGGAACCAAACCUGCACCCCUUGCCCGGCAAAUACAUCGACACACUCAGAAGGAAGUACAAAUGUUAACGAUUGUAAAGAUAUAUGCAGCAGCGGUAGCGUUUCAAGUACAAAAUUACCACCGUGUACACUCUGUGGAACGAAUUCAUACUACUUGAACGCAACCUAUUGUGAAUCAUGCCCACCUUUAACCAAAAACAGAAACUAUGGCUCUCUUUCAUCAACCAGCUGCGAAUCGCAGUGUAGUAAAGGUCAUUAUUCCUUCGAUGGCUUUGAACCUUGUAUAAAGUGUCCUCUAGGUUACUAUACCGAUGUCACAAUGCAAACAACGUGUUUGGAAUGUCCUGAUGGAACUACUACUAUGAUUACUGGGGCAACAAAUGCAACUAACUGUGUUUCUGUUGAAGCAAACAUAUGCAAAACCAAUCCUUGUGCUAAUAAUGGAACAUGCGUGCCAAGUGGACACUCAUACAGCUGUAAUUGUACUAAUGGAUUCACUGGACGAAAGUGUGAGAAAAUGGUAGACCUAUGUGCACCUAACCCAUGUUACUUCAAUAGUACCUGUACAGUGAAAGGUUCAACAUUUGAAUGUAACUGCCCUGCAGGAACCAAUGGGACACGGUGUGAAAUUAUACAGAAAACUUGUACACCUAACUUCUGCUUAAACGGUGGAAUAUGUAUCAACAAGUUGAAUUCGACCGAAUGUCAUUGUCCAAAUGGAUUUACUGGCGACCGUUGUGAUACGUCUAUUUUGCCGUGUAGUGCAAACCCUUGCCAAAAUGCUUCUAGUUGCGAGAAUCUUGGUAAUGAACGCGCUAAAUGCAACUGUCUACCCGGAUUUGAAGGGGAGAAAUGUCAAGACAAUAUUGACGAUUGUGCAAGCUCCCCAUGUCUUUUUAACGGAAGUUGCACUGAUUUAGUUGAUGGUUUUGAGUGUAAGUGCCAUAGCGGGUUGUCUGGAAAAAUAUGCAACGUCAGAGAGAACCCAUGCAAUGUAUCAAAGUGUCAUGGAAACGUUUGUAUUGUUAACGAAGAAGCAAUGGACAGCAUAUGCAGUUGUAACGAAGAUUAUACAUACGCCGAGGUCUGUCAGCUCUCCUAUGAAUCUAGUACAAAGUAUGAGAGUUCAAAUCCUUAUAAAACAGAAGCUGCUGCAUCCUCGAAGGUUUGCACUACCGCAUGUCUCAACGACAAUCAAUGUCAGUCCGUGACAUUUGACAACAACACAAACAGCUGCUACUUUUUCAAUGGUAAAGUCAACACCAGUAAAGAUGCUUGCUGUGAAACAUUCACGAAACAUUGCCAAAAUCCAACAGAGAAUUAUUGGAGUCCGUGGUAUACUGUAAACGGAUCUAGAAUACCAGAAGAAGCAGUAAAGACUUUGCGUGAUGUUGGCGUCGAUAUUUGCAAUGGAAUGGUUCCUUUGUUGAUUCAGUGCCGAUCACGUGUUGACAGAGCUCCCUUUCUUUGGCAACAGCAAUUAGGGAUGUCAUUUAACCUGAGUGAUACUUGCAUAAUAAAUAAUGAAAGCUGUAAUCCAAGUUGCCCACCGUAUCAGCUACGUUUCCAGUGUAACGUCAACAAAGUAAUGGACCAAAAACAAUGUUUUAACAAGACACCAUGCGGUGCAAUACAGUGCUACAAUGGUGGUACAUGCAACUCAAAUAUGUGCUCAUGCACCAAUGGUUACAGUGGAGAGUUCUGCCAAAAGAUGAAUGAUAACUGCGAUCCAAACCCUUGUGAAGGUGGCACUUGCACAAACCUUAUUAAUGAUUAUCAGUGUAAUUGUUUCUCAGGAUACGAAGGCAAGAACUGCACAAAUAUAAAUGACUGUGCCAAUGCAACAUGCAAUGUGACAGGUACACAGCAAUGCAAAGAUCUCGUAGAAGAUUACCAAUGUAUCUGUAAGCCAGGCUACAAAGGGCAAAUGUGCAAUAUCAACAUAGAUGACUGUGCCAGUAAUCCUUGUUUGCAUGGUGCCAACUGUACGGAUUUAGAAAAUGACUUCAGCUGCAACUGUUCCGCUGGCUGGACAGGCAAACGUUGUGAAAACAUAGACAGCAUGUGCCAAGCUAAUACGUGUUCAAAUAAUGCCCAGUGCAUUGAUAUUUUCCAAGAUUUCUAUUGCAGCUGCCAGUCAAACACUCAUGGUAAGCAAUGUAACCUCUCCAACUCGGUUUGCUCCAAUGCUAAUCCAUGCAUUAACAACGCCACCUGCAUUGAUAAACUGGGUGAUGUCCAUUGUAAUUGCACUGAAGGUUUUGCUGGAGUAGGCUGUGAACUUUCAGUCGAUUAUUGUAAAAAUUCAGUCUGCGAAAAUGGUGGAAAGUGCACUAUUAAAGGAAACGGCUAUGAAUGUAAAUGUCCUACAGGGUUUUCUGGUAAAAACUGUGAGACAAAUGACGAAAGUUGCAAGGAAAACGUAUACUGUCAAACCAGUAAGGCAAUUAAGAAGUGUUCAUCAACGUCUAGUAGUAAAGCCGUUUCUUUAGAUCACGAUUUGUGGUUUUAUCUUCCGGAUAAACGUGGAAUGGCAGUCAUGAAUAAUCCAUUACUACUUGAGGGCAUGGACUUAUCCAUGAGUCUCUGGAUUAACUUCGACCGUGCUGGAGACACUGGAACAUUUAUGAACGUCUUUAUGUUGAAGUCAGAAAAAGAUGGUACAGAAAAGAAAGAAAUACUGUUUCGCUUAAGCAAUACAGGAAUGUCCUACAUCACCGAAAAUGGGAGCAUGACGACCAUAGAUUUUUCUAGAAUCAAUGAUGCCAAAUGGCACUUGGUCACUCUGGUUAUAUCUUCAGCAAACAACGAAGUGGAUCUGAGAGUCAAUAACUUUCAGAUGAUAUCUACUUCUAAUCAACCAAUUCAAAGUCCAUUUAAUCAAACAUUACUCGUUAUACUUGGAUGUCAUUUUGAUCCUAUUACCGACACAGCUGUAAUCAAUAAAGGAUUCUAUGGAUAUCUUAGUCAACUUAAUAUUUAUAAUAAAUCACUCGGGAUUCAAGAUCUUGCCAAGCUGGCAUCUAGCCAUAAAGAAGUUCUUAGCAACAUAGUGUAUGGCUGGGGAAACUAUUAUGUUGUUCAAGGUGCCAGAAAGAGAGUUCCAUCUAAAGUCGGAAUACCAAGUUCGAGUCAAAAAACACCAGUAUCCCUGAAGAGUUGUCCUUCCACAGUACAUAACUACGGUUCUGAGAGCAGUAUACUAUUAAACUGGGACACUCCAGUAUUUUCUGAUUAUUUGGAGAUAAAGGAAAACUACAGACCAGGUACCCUAGUCCCCUUGGGACGAUAUUUCGUAACAUAUCAAGCAAAAGACAAAUAUGGUAACAUGGCAUUCUGCAACUUCAAGGUUUACACUAAAAAUUCAAACUGUUCUUCACCAGAAGCUCCACUGCAUGGAUCACAUCAAUGUAAUUACAAUAGUUGGCCUUACUAUUCUUGCACGAUGAGCUGUAACCCUGGACACGUUCCAGUAACAGAAUACCCAUAUCUAUACACAUGUGGUCCAUCAGGCAGCUGGAACCCUAAAGAACGUGCACAACCUUUCCAGUUCCCGUACUGUGGAGAAUCUGUGGCACCAACCACUGAUAUUUCUAUGAGAUUGUCUUACAAGAUUCAGUCAACUAACUGCGGAGCGGCAAAGGCAUCCAUGUUACCAAAGCUCAAUGAAACCAUGACGAAAAUCUCUGCAGAAAACAAUGGCAUUCUUUGCGAACACUCGGACUGUCGAAAUGUCGAUUGGAAUGUAAACUGUACUUUAGUGCCACCAGGAAGCCAAGCGUUGGACUUUUACGUUAGAUUGAAAAAUGUUAGUGAACGUACUUCAGGAAAUGUGACUGCCGAAGAUAUCCUAAGAAAAGCCGUUAUUGACGAUUUGAAGUUCGACUACCCAAAAUUUGUUGGGGGAGCAACUGUAAUCCAAGAGUCUUUCGAAAGCGAAUCAGAAGAAGUCUGUGAUCCAAACCAAUCUUUUAUAAAUGAUGCGUGUGUUAUUUGUCCGUUGGGAACAUAUUUCAAUGCAAGUCAGAAAAUGUGUGAGAAAUGUCCAAUAGGAAGCUAUCAAGAUGAAAAAGCACAACUGUCUUGUAAACAGUGUCCAAAUUCUAAGACCACCAUUACUACAGGAAGCAGGAAUGUCACAGCGUGUAACGAUGCUUGUGAGAUGGGAUACUAUUUUGAUGCAGUAGCUCAAAACUGCACACCGUGUGAUACUAACAGCUUUCAAAAUGAAACGGGUCAAUUUGUCUGUAAACCUUGUCCAUUCGGAAGAAGUACAAAACAAGUAGGUUCCACGUCAGAAUCUGAAUGUUCCAUAACAUGUGCCGCUGGGUUUGAACGUACUACCAACUGCACGCCAUGUGAGAUUGGCUACUAUCGAGAGAAGAACAGUAUUGUUAACACUUGUGUGAAAUGUAUGAACAACACCAUAACUCUUACUACAGGAAGUACAAGUGUAGAUCAAUGCAAUAUAACUGGCUGCAUCGCUGGUGAAUACUUGGAGGUAUCCAACAACACUUGUAUGCCUUGCCCAUAUGGCACAUACCAGAACAUGAGCUACCAAACCAGUUGUGUAAGCUGCCCUCCCAGUCAUCGCACAGACAUAACAGGUGCACAGGAUAUCAGCAAAUGCAAAUUCUUCUGCCCGUCGGGUUUUGACGCUAAGGGAGAUAAAUGCAGAUCCUGCGACAUUGGAUCUUACAAAGACAAUAAAGUUGAUUUUUACGGUAAUUGUCGACACUGUCGAGCCAACUAUACAACUCGUGGCAUCAAUUCAACAUCAGAAAAGGACUGCAACUUGUAUAAGUGUAAACCUGGCCAACAGCCCAAUGCUAACCAAACUGGUUGUGAGCUUUGUCCUCCAGGAACUUAUCAACCAGACUAUGAGAAGGAAAGCUGCAUCCCAUGUAAUGCCAAUUACAGUACAAAGGCUUCAGGUUCUAUAAACUCAAAUUCCUGUGAAGGAAAGACAUGUUGUUCUUACUGCGAAAGUGGCUACGAAAAGGUAGCCAGCAAUUCUCAACAAUGUUCUCCGUGUGGAAUUGGUUCCUACAAAGACAACUCAAAAGGAAUUUUUUCUGAAUGCACCAAAUGUCCAACAGGGAAAAUAACAGAAUUUAAGGCCUCCACAUCAGAGAGUAACUGUACAAUAAGUUCUUGCACACCUGGAUUCUACCUAUUCAACAACACAUGUCUACCGUGUCCUAUUAAUCAAUACCAAAAUGAAAGUCAGCAACCCUCUUGUCUCCCUUGUCCAUCAGGCUUCAUAACUUGGGGAAAUGGUUCUUCCUCUUGUGUUCGUAAUUGCUCAGCAGGUGAACAAAGUACGAGCCCAGACUCUUGUGUCAAAUGCGCUAUCGGAACCUAUCGUACUGCCAAUGAUCCCGUUUGUAUUAAAUGUCCGUCUGAUUUCCUAACUGAAGGAGAAGGAAAGACAUCGGCAGCAGAUUGUACAAUUCCUCCGUGUAAUGAAGGAACAUACUACAAUGGUUCAACGUGUUUAAAUUGUACGUUGGAUGAGUACCAAGACGAGAAGCAUCAAAGAACUUGCAAGAGUUGUCCAACUGGUAAAUAUACGCCAUCUGAAGGGACAAAGGAUGCUGCUUCAUGCACAACUUACUGUGAAGCAAGAAAAACUGUCUGCCCACAAAAUGCGAAAUGUGUUAAUACAGACUCUGGUCAUAAUUGUACAUGCAUUGCUGGACAUGUGCGGGUUUCUAAUGGAACGUGUGUGUAUGCCUGUGAUACAGACUACUGCUUAAAUGGAGGCACCUGUGCGCGAUCGCCUUCAUCCCCUAGGUGUAUCUGUACAAAAUACUACAAAGGAACCACUUGUGAACAAGAACUUUCUGCUUCAGAACUCUCUAACAAUACAACCGACAUAAUUAUUGGAACCUCCAUCGGUGUCACGAUAGCAAUACUGUUCCUUAUCUUACUUAUAACUUAUAUUUGUAUCCGGAUGAGAAAAUCUCACCGAGGUGACGUUGCAGAAAAUGGUUCCUAUAUGCAAUCACUUUAUGACCCAGUGUCGAAAGCAUACUCGGUUCCAUACAACAACAGUUUAUACGAAUUUUCUAACACAUUAUCACAAAGCAAGCGUUAAUUGAAAGCUUUCACAAAUUCAGCAUACGUCUCAGCCGAUAACCAUUUCAUCUCCAGUAUGUAAAAUACCAAUUCCAAAAUCGAGGCAGGCCAAUUAUAUCAGGAAUUUUUCAAUAUGUUUGAUUCUUGUAUAUUUCUGUUCUAUAUGUAUAUUAUUUUUUAAAUAUAUUUUUUAACUUUUUGUUUUCACUUUCUGCCUCCAAUCACUAACGCGAUCCGCAAAAUAACGGCGAGAUAAAAAUGAUUAACUUUAUUUUUAUUAACUUCGUCAAAUUGAAGAUAUAAUUUAAUCCAACGAUAUGUGCGGAUAUAUUUUUGUUUUUUUCUUUUAUUUUCGUUUCUUUGUUUUUUGUUUCAAUUUUUGUUGCUCUCGUUUGUCAUGUGCUUCAAGAACGCAUUCAGUGUUUAUGUAUGUGUGUGAAUGCAUGCACACACACACACACACACACAGAGAGAUAGAUAGAUAGAUAAUAGAUAGAUAGAUAUAUAGAUAGAUAGAUAGAUAGAUAGAUAGAUAGAUAGAUAGAUAGAUAGAUAGAUAGAUAGAUAGAUAGAUAGAUAGAUAGAUAGAUAGAUAGAUAGUUGCGUGUGUGCCUUGAGAUGUACAUAUAACUCUAUAUCUGCAAAUUAGACUAAACAAGGAAACAUUCUUCAUUGAAAAAUACAAGCCCAAACUUAACCAUUCCAACAUUCUUAUACAGAGAAACUCACUCCAAAAAAAGGCAAGAAAUAUUAAGCGAUUAUCUC